AUGGUGGUUUUCAAUGGGAAAAUGUUUUUAAAAAUAAUUGAAGCUGAUAAUUUGCGUGCAACAGAACAUUCAACACGUUAUUUUCCUCAAAAUCCAUCAACAGCUUAUGUUAGUCCAUAUAUAUCAGUUGAUAUUGAUGAUCUACCAUUAGGACGUACACAUACAAAAGAAAAAACAACCACACCAACCUAUAAUGAAGAAUUUUCAAGUGAUGUUUAUAAUGGACACCAAUUACAUAUCACAAUAUUUCAUGAUGCUGCAUUACCACCUGAUGAAUUUGUUGCUGAUUGUACAAUUAAAUUUGAAAAUAUUCAUGAUAAAAAAAGUGACAUAUGGAUUGAUCUUGAACCAGCUGGAAGAAUUCAUGUAGCUAUUGAAUUACAAGGACAAUUUAGUGAUUCUGUUAGUAAUGAACGACAUUUUAAACGAAAUAAACAAGCUUUUGCUCAGCGACGUUUUGCUGUUGUACGUCGUGUUUAUGAAAUUAAUGGACAUAAAUUUAUGGCAACUUUUUUUCGUCAACCAACGUUUUGCUCAAUUUGCUCAGAAUUUAUUUGGGGUAUCUUUCGUACACAAGGUUAUCAAUGUCAAGUGUGUACAUGUGUGAUACAUAAACGAUGUAAGGCAUCUGUAGUUACAACUUGUCCUGGUAUUCGAACAUGUUUUGAAUAUCGUGAAAAACGUUUUAAAAUCAAUGUACCACAUCGAUUUGUUGCACAUACUUAUCGAUUAUUUACAUUUUGUGAUCAUUGUGGAUCACUUCUAUGGGGAGCUUGGAAUCAAGGAAUGCAAUGUAAAGAAUGCAAAUUAAAUGUACAUAAACGCUGUACACGUAAUGUUGCCAAUGAUUGUGGUUUAGAUAAGAAGAGACUUGCAUCAGUUCUAGCCGAUCUUAAUAUAACUCCAGCACCACCAAGACCGGUAGAAGAACAAGUGGCGACUAAUUUACCAAGUGAAGUAGAUACAUCAUCUGCUAAUCAAGCUGCUGCAACAUCAAUAAAACAUACAACUCCUCCUCCAUCUUCAUUUGAUGAUAAUUCAAUCAAACAAAAACAUUAUAAUACAAUUGAUGAUUUUAAUUUUUUGAAAAUAUUAGGAAAAGGAUCAUUUGGAAAAGUUAUGUUAGGUGAACAUAGAUUAACUGGUGAAAUCUUUGCUAUAAAAGUGCUCAAUAAAGAUACAAUUAUUCAAAAUGAUGAUGUUGAAUGUACAAUGACAGAAAGAAGAAUUUUAGCUUUAUCAGUUCGACAUCCAUUUUUAACUGGGCUUUAUUGUAGUUUUCAAACAAAGGAACGUUUAUUUUUAAUGAUGGAAUAUGUUAAUGGUGGUGAUUUAAUGUUUCAAAUUCAACGUUCACGGAAAUUUGAUGAAGUACGUGCACGAUUUUAUGCAUCAGAAGUAACAUUAGCAUUAAUGUUUUUACAUCGACAUGGUGUUAUUUAUCGUGAUCUCAAACUUGAUAACAUUCUACUUGAUGCCGAAGGACAUUGUAAAAUUGCUGAUUUUGGUAUGUGUAAAGAAGGUAUAUUUGAUGGAAAAUUAACAUCUACAUUUUGUGGUACACCUGAUUAUAUCGCACCCGAAAUUCUUCAAGAAUUAGAUUAUUCAUUUUCUGUUGAUUGGUGGGCAUUAGGAGUAUUAAUGUAUGAAAUGAUGGCUGGACAACCACCAUUUGAAGCUGAUGAUGAAGAUAGUUUAUUUGAAUCUAUUUUACGUGAUGAAGUACUUUAUCCUGUUUGGUUAUCAAAAGAAGCUGUACAUAUUCUUAAAUCAUUUAUGACAAAAAAUCCAGCUAAACGUCUUGGUUGUGUAGCAGCACAAGGUGGUGAAGAGGCAAUAAAACGUCAUGCAUUUUUUGCUGGGAAAAUUGAUUGGGAAGCACUAGAAUGUCGACAAGUUAAACCACCAUUUAAACCAAAAGUGAUUAAUCAUCGAGAUACAAGUAAUUUUGAUAAAGAUUUUACAAAUAUGCCUGUUGCAUUUACACCAAUUGAAUCAGUUAUUGUUAAAGCAAUAAAUCAAGAUGAAUUUAAAGAUUUUUCAUAUCAAAAUCCUGAUUGGCGUUGUUUAGAACGUGGUGAAAUACCUAAAGAUGAUGCUAAUGAUGGUCGACGUGCAUUACGUGAUGAUUUAGCUGUUAAUUUAAAACAAACAUUACCAAUGACACCUAUAUCAUCAAAUCCAUCAACAACAAAUGAUAAUAUUUCAUCAACAAUAACAGUUGUUAAAACAGAUCAUAUGCCAAUACCACAUAUAGAAACAAAACGAAGCCCAAGUCCAACACCGUUUCAAUUUAAUUCCAUAUCAUCAUCAUCAUCAUUAAAUGCUUCAUCAUUGACAAAUGCUCAACAGAAAUCAAUGAUACAUAAUAAUAAUAUUAAUAAUAAAACAGUAACUCUUAAUCGUUCAACAACCGAUGAAACCGAUAUGUAA